GGGACUUUCUGUCAAAACCACUUUUUUUUGUUACUCUCUCUUUCCCUUUUGACUCAUUCGUUCCUCAUUGGAUCAGUUUUUACUCCUCAUCCUCCUUCAUUCUUUGCAAACUUGCAGACAUAUUUCUAAUUUUCGAAACUCUAUUUACAAAAGGCUCCGCUAAAGCCAUGUCUAUGCCUAAUGAAGCCCAUGAGGGUGUCCACUUGGUUAUCUUACACCACGGUCUUUGGGGCAACAAGGGACAUCUUAAAUUUAUUGCGCAGCAGUUCAAAAAGCGAUUUGGUGAUCGCAUCCUUGUCUAUCGAGCAGAAUCAAACGAAUCCUCUUUGACGUAUGAUGGUAUUGACAUUUGUGGACAGCGUGCUGUUCAAGAGAUCCAUGAGGUAGUUCGUGUGAUUGAGGCAGGGGGCAAUAUCUCUGAGCUGCAAGGGCGGAAGAAUAAGGGCAAGAAGAAAGCCAACAGUAAAUCAAAGACCAACACCACCCAUAACAAGAAAAUGGAUGACAAAAAGAUUUCAUCAAUAGCACCAUCGUCUGACUUGUCUUUGGAUUCCAGUUCCGAGAGUAACAACAGUCAGCAAAUCCCUCCAUCAGCAGAGAGAAAUAAUAACGCAAGCAGUGAAACCCAACAAAGAAAAAAAGUCACACAAUUAUCUUUUUUAGGCUAUUCGCUUGGAGGGCUUAUCGGUCGUUUUGCAAUAGGCUUAUUGGCCAUGGAAAAAUUCUUUGAUCCUUUAGAAGAAGGUGGACGAGGUAUACAGCCGAUGUAUUUUGUGACAAUGGCUACACCACACUUGGGAAUCCGCAUGCCUCCAAAGUCUAUUUGGUCUAAAAUGUUUAACUACUUAAGCUCAAGAAUGUUAAGCCGAACAGGUGAACAAAUGCAACUGAUUGACGAUUAUGUAAACCGUAAGCCAUUGUUGUUGGUGAUGUCCGAACCAGAGAGCGUGUUUGUAAAGGCGUUAGCACGUUUCAAGAGAAGAGCACUUUAUUGUAACAUUAGAAACGACCGAUCGGUACCUUUCUGGACUGCAAGCUUCUCUGAUGCAGAUCCUUUUCAAGAACUGGAAGCUAUGGAAAUCCAAUAUGAUUCUGGCUAUUCUUCUUUGAUCGAAUCCUUUGAACACCUCGAUAUGGAAACAUUAGAGCGAAUGAAACAGGAACGUGAAGAAUCUUUAAAGUCAGCUUCAUUUAUUCAGAGGACUUCACAAAAGCUUACUAAAAUUCCUUGGAAAAAGUAUGCGCUUUAUGGACUUCUCGGUCCCCUUCUGAUCCCUCUUUGGAUCGUAUUCGCGAGCACUACGAUCGGUCUUCAGGGUUUGACUUCAAGAAAAAGGACUAAGAAUAUGGUUACGUCCAAUGAAGCUUUGCAACGUAUCCGCGAGCGAGCCUCUGCAGUAACGCUUGAACAAUACCGUGAUGAUGAUGCAACCGGUAUCCAAGAUGAUGUUCAAGACUUGUCUAAAGCCAUCGACAUCAACAGCACUAGCGUUGAUGAUAACGCUAAGUCUGCUAAAGAUGAUACCAGGCAGGAGCAUAAUGUUGUCUCUGUCGUUGAAGACGUUCCAUCAUCUUCGUCGUCUAUUUCUUCUUCUAGGGAAGUUUCAGCGCUGAUAUCAUAUUCGUAUCCAGACCUUAAAUCUAUUCGUCCUUUGGCUCUGUUACCUGUACAGGUCGAGAUUUCACGUAAUUUGAACAAGCUGGAGUGGAAAAAGAACAUUGUGCAUAUCGAAGGAUGGAACUCACAUGCGUCAAUUGUGGUACGUGAGAAACGGUUCUCUAAUGAUGGUGGCGUUGCAGCAGUGCAGCAUGCGGUCGAUAUGUUCAAAGAGGACGGUGAGGAUGAAUAGAACAGCUAAGCAACUAUGAAUUUGGGCUAUAAACCCAGUGAGAGUGAGCGAAUUAUUGACAAAUAAAGAUAACUUUUCGUAUGAUG